AUGCACUGCUUCGACUGUUUCUACAAGUGUUUCCACCGCUACAACAGCAGCACCUCGUCUUCUCCAUCAAAAGAUCAAGUGGCUACGACGGCAAACGCUGGAAUGGACCACCCCGUCGCAGUCGUGUCGCGAUCCACCCCGAAUGGGCAACCCCCUAAAGUGACCGACUCGUACUCUCUCGGCAAAGUGAUUGGCUCGGGGUCCUAUUCGGUCGUGCGGGAGAGCGUCCGCAUUGGGACCAAUCACAAAGUCGCAAUCAAGUGCAUCAAACGGUCGGAUUUAUCCCAAGACGACGACGCGGCGAUUCAGUUCGAAGUCUCGAUCUUGCAACAGCUGAAACAUCCGAAUAUUAUGACUCUUGAGGAGGUUUUCACCGAGCCCGAGUACUACUAUUUAGUCACGGAAUUCGUCAGUGGCGGCGAAUUGUUCGACCGGAUCGUGCAAAAAACCUUCUACACGGAAAAAGCCGCGCGGGACUUGGUCAAGAUCCUCAUUGGCGCGAUCAAGUACUGCCAUGACCAAAACGUCGUCCAUCGCGACUUGAAACCCGAGAACUUGCUGCUCCUCUCGGCCGACGACGACGCGAGUAUUAAACUCGCAGACUUUGGGUUUGCCAAAACCGUGUCCAAAGACAAGACGGGACUGGCUACGACAUGUGGGACGCCUGGCUACGUCGCUCCGGAGAUCUUGGAAGGAGCUUCAUACGGCAAACCCGUGGAUAUCUGGAGCAUUGGCAUCAUCACGUACAUUCUGCUGGCAGGGUACCCUCCUUUCCAUGACGAGUCGCAGUCGGUGCUGUUCAAGAAGAUCCGGAACGGCAAGUUCUACUUUGACUCGCCGUACUGGGACAACGUGUCCACGGACGCCAAGGGGUUUAUCUCCAAGAUGCUGGUGGUCAACCCGAACGAUCGGGCGACCGCAGAAGAGCUGCUGGCACAUCCGUGGAUCACGGGCACUGAUGUGGCAACUGUGCCGCUCACCAGCGCCUUGACCGAACUCCGACGGUUCCACGCACGCAAGAAAUUCAAAGCUGCCGUGCAUUCGGUGCAGGCGACACUCAGCAUGAACAAAACGCUCUCUGGAUUGGGCGAAUCGGCCAGAAGCAGCGCGUCACUUUAG